AUGGCAGUAGACGCUAUUCCUCCCCAUGUAACAGCAUACGUUGGCGGAGAGAACGAUUUGGACUGCUGUCUCUACGCCCUAUGGCGAGACGGCCAGUUGCUUGUUCUUCAAGCCCCACCUGUUCUUUCUGCUCACGAGGAUCCUACGAGCUUCGACACAGCUUCGAGAGAGCGGUCAACCUCUGAAUUUCGCUUUGGCCUGGAGAAAAUUGCCGCCUUGGUCCAUAAACUUGAUUUCAACCGAGCUAAUUGGGCUUAUCUUGCGACGAGGACUGACGGGUCCUUCAAUGUGAUCUACAAGAAUAAGCCACUACACCCCAUGAUUUCUCCCGGCAAUCUUUUGGCUCCUCUCGUCGAGGAAGCCGAAAUAAUUACCACCAAGUUCAUUUCUUGCGAGCAAAGACAAGGUUUGUGGAAUGGGACAGAAGUUGACAUCAUGAUUGGGUGGAAUGACCAGUGGAUGAAAUUAGUGGAACGUGAAAUAGAGGGGCAUCGGUGUCUUAGAGGGCUUGAUUUGACCUUUGAGGUCCUAGGGCAUGUAACCCGCGACGGACAAAUCAUCGGAAUUAUGACAGAAUCCGCCACCGGUAGAAUGGUCGAAUACCCCGAUCGCGCUGCUGUAUACGAUGCGAUCACCAAGGUGCAAAGCCGUGGUCUGGUGUAUUCCGUACAAGAGAGCAACAUCAUGAUCGUUGACGGAAAAGUACGGCUCCUAUCACUCGCCUCCAUCCGCAAGAUACGAUCCGGUGAAGAACAUGCAACAACAGUCAAUCGAUUUCACUGGGACGCGCUCCGGAAGCUGUUUGAGAAAUUGUUCCAGUAUCCCAACUUCAUGCCACCUCUUCAAUGCAUUCGACAACAAACCAUAAAAAUUCUCGCCCCUGUACCCCCAUUGUACAAACCUCUUGCAACAAACCUAGCGUCGAAUCCGCUAUUCAAGAUAUUCGUUUUUGCUAGUGCUUCUAGCUCCCUCGUUCGCAAGGGGUCAGCUAGACAACCGAUUACGUCCCGCGCGCUGGAACACUAUCAUACAUCCCAUGCGCAACAGCAUGGCCAACGGUCUCUAACUCACUCUCGUCGCCAUGAUAUAACACCAUAUACCCGGCACGCGCCGCGUUCUCGUCACCAUCCCCCUUCAGUUGGCCUACUACUCAGGUCUCCAGCGAGUGAUACCUCGUCGGAGACCGACAGCUGUGUUUCUCUGUAA